GGCGGAGGCUGGGGGCGCAGAGCUCCCGGUGGUGAGGACCCUGCAGGGCGCGGUGCGAGGCCGCCGACGGGCGACUAGCAACGGCCGCCCACUGCUCGCUUUCUACAACCUGCCGUACGCCAAGCCCCCCGUCGGGUCGCUGCGUUUCAAGGAUCCACAGCCGCCAGAUGGAUGGGUGCACAUCCGAGAUGCCACUAUGCGUGGGCCUGACUGCGUACAGAAUGACGAGUUUUUCUUCCAUACUGGAGUGUCUGGAUCUGAAGACUGCCUCUACCUCAACGUCUACACACCUGAGCUGUCACCAUCCAGUCCACUGCCAGUCAUGUUUUGGGUUCAUGGAGGAGCAUAUUUCUAUGGGGGUGGCUCAGUCUAUGGACCGGAUUUUCUCUUGGAUCAUGAUGUAGUAUUAGUAACCAUCAAUUACCGACUUGGAACGUUAGGUUUUCUGAGCACCGAAGAUGAAGCUGCUCCAGGAAAUUUCGGACUUAAAGACCAGGUGGCGGCGCUGCGUUGGGUACAGGAGAACAUCGCAGCGUUUGGCGGAGAUCCGGACAGAGUCACCAUUUUCGGCGAAAGUGCGGGGGCGGCCUGCGUACACCUCCUCGCACUGUCACCCCUCGCCAGAGGUCUCUUCCACCGCGUCAUAAUGGAGAGCGGCUCCGCCCUGACGCCCUGGACGUUGGCACGCAAUGGGGAGUCAGCAGCGAGGGCGCGGCAGGUGGCGGCCUCCCUGGGCUGCCCCACACAGCCCCACGCCGCCAUGGUCGACUGUCUGCGCGGUGUCGACGACCACAAGCUGCUGCUCGCCGGGAACAUGCUUAAGAAAUGGGGCGUACACCCUGUCGUACUGUUUCAUCCCGUCGAGGAAGCUGCCACGCCUUCUUCAUUUCUUCCCGGACCCUCGCCACUCUUGAAGCCUGCUGAAGUGGACUGGAUGGUUGGCGUGAAUGAAAAUGAAGGAGGAAUUUUUAGUGCAGGGUUUUAUGCGAACAGUUCAGUGUGGAAAGAGUUCGAAAAUAAUUUAAACACUUUGUUACCGAUAACGAUAUUUUAUGAUACCGCACGAAAUGCUGAUCUCAUUGGAAAAAAGAUUCGUGAAUUUUAUUUUCCAUCUGGAAAUCUCUCUCUCAAGGGUAUGACUGAACUGUACUCAGAUGUCAUGUUUAUUUGGGGAAGUGACGAGGCAGUCCGACGUUACAGAAACAUGGCCUCUGUCUUCUAUUAUUAUUUUACCUAUAGAGGAAAGUACAGGGCAGCAGAUCCCUAUCGAAAAAUUGACUUUGAUUUCGGUGCUGGACACACAGACGAACUGUUCUACUUAUUUCCGAAAAACCCGUUCUACCCAGAAAAUUAUGAGUUACCAGACGAAGACAGGAAGAUCGUUGAUACGUUGACUAAGUUGUGGACCAAUUUCGCUAAAACUGGGAAUCCAACUCCAGAUGGUGAGUCUGUAACGUGGCCGAAAGUUGCGUCUGAUGAUGAACCGGAGUACUUGGAAAUCGGUAAAGAACUAAAAGCAAAGAGGGGUUUCGCCAAGGAGCGUAUGAAAUUCUGGCGAUCUGUGACUCCUUUAUGGGAUUUUGGAACUGGUAAAGCCCUUAGGGACGAACUUUAGUUGCCAGAAGCUGAAAUUUCUUAUUGUAUUUACUAUAGAACGUAAUAAAAUUUAUAAAUUAUUGUUUAA